CCCAGUCCCCUUUUAACCAAAACUACCAUCUUUAUUUACCACUGUAACCACCCUCAAAAUUUAUCUAUGCAAUAAUACUCACUGAUCUUCUUCUUUUUUUCUCUCAGCUACUUUGUCCAACUUAUGUCGCCGGAAUCUAAGACCAUGCAAACGGGAGAUAUAAUUUCCCGGUCAAAUCUAGACAAACCUCUUCACCAACUCACUGAAGAUGACAUUGCUCAGCUCACUCGCGAAGAUUGCCGCAGAUACCUCAAAGACAAAGGCAUGAGAAGGCCGUCGUGGAACAAAUCGCAGGCAAUACAGCAAGUCAUCUCUCUCAAAGCGCUACUUGAAACGGCGCCGGAUUCCAACGAAGUUCCUAAAAGAAGACUCUACAUUCCCCAUCCUCAUAAUGUCCCCCUUCAUCAUCGCGCCCCUGCAAAUUCCUCUGUUUCAGUGAAGGAAACAGACGCCGAUACUCGGAUCUCCGCGUCUCCUGAUGAACCGGUUCCGUAUCGGCGAUAUCAUGAUAUUACCGGCGAUCUUUCCGUCCGUAUCGCCACCACCGAGAAUAAUUCGGUUUCAUCGAGCACAUGUGUAUGUGUUCAUGAAGAGAAUUUCACAGGAGCUGGAAUACUUGGUUUUUUCUCUUUAUCAAUAAGAAGUGCAGGUCCAAUGAAUAAGCAUAUGGGACAGAUGACAAUAUUCUAUAGUGGAAAGGUCAACGUAUUCAAUCAUGUACCAAGAGAUAAGGCACAAGCAAUAAUGCAGCUGGCUGCAUGCCCACUCUCUUUGUCUGGAGAUACUUCAUCUGAUGCAAUUCCAGCAUUACGGCCCAUUCCGAGCCAGUUGGAAGCUCCAGGUGUCAAAACAUCUCUUAGUCCUAUGUUUGUCUAUCCAACCCAGCAGACAGGGAAAGUGGCAGAACACUGCCAUCUGCCUAAGGAAGAAAGCAACUUAUUCCAUGAAGACAACCUAGAAGGCCGAACAAGUAGAAAAGCAUCAGUGCAGAGAUAUCUUGAGAAACGAAAAGACAGGUUCAAGAACAAGAGAAAGGUGGCAAUGCCUUCUUCAGACAUCCACUUAAACCAUUGCGUGAGAGAUGAGUUCUCAAAUGAUCAAUGGAAUCUAACGGAGGCAUGCUUUGCUACCCAGCCCAGACCAUCUCAAACACCUAUCCAAUGCAGCACUGUUGCUUAUACAGAAAAGCAUACUAAUCUCUCUGCUGAUCUCAAUGGCAAAGAUCUGUGAUGUAAGAUUAUUGUAGAAGAACUUUACAGUGUGAAUGGUGAUUCUGGAUUCUCUUCUCAUACAUGCGUUGCAGAUUUUGAAAAAUGUUAAAUAUGGAGGACAUAAAUUUGUCGUGUGAAAUGCUGUUUAUCAUUGUCAACAAGGACAAAUACUCCACCAAUCACGAUAUUAAUUUUCUGAUAUCAAUGAAGAAGGCUCUUAGAGUAGCUCCUUUGAAGAUUUUCUGCCAUAAGGUAUAUUCUGUUGUAGAGGUUGCGGCCUUGUCCUAGUUAGUGAGAAAAUAAACUCCAGUUUCUAGUCUAUCGACAUAUCUUCAUCCCUUUCUAUAUCUCUGGGUAUCUAGAAACUAAUGUCUUUAAGAAUGGGCAAGUGCUGAUUCUAUUACUUUCCUUGCUCUCUGUCAAGGCUACAUGAGCAGAUAAAAGUAGCUCAAACAAUUCUGUCUUUUAUGAAGGAGUUUAAAUUUCUAUGUGCAAAGUUUAUAUCGAUUACUUGAUGAGUGAUGGAUUGAAGUAUUGAGGCAAGGGAAGACAAGUGGGGCAUGAAGGACCCAUAAAUGGAGAGAAGGCCCCGGUUUAGGAUAAGUGAAGAGGUUAUGCUUAUGCAUGCUUAACAAUAGUGUCUGGAAUGGUGACAGAAGUCAAAUUAUUGAUCAAGUGAGAAAAUGCUUGCUGGGGUCUGCCUCUCAAUUUUCUCUCUUUUACUGAGCCCUUGAUUGUAAAGGUGGCAGAUCCUAAACCCACCAAUGGUUGCUCUGUCAUUUUGUCUAUACUACAAUUAUUAUGGUGGCCCAUUGUAUAUCCUUCUUGAUGUCCCACUCACUCUAGCAAAUCGACUAUCUUUUUCCUA